AUGACUGGUCUCAAAUACAAGGUUGCCGACAUCACUCUUGCUGACUUUGGUCGCAAGGAAAUCGAGAUUGCAGAGAAUGAGAUGCCUGGUCUGAUGUCGCUCCGUGCCAAGUAUGGCCCCACCAAACCACUUUCUGGUGCUCGUAUUGCUGGUUGCCUUCAUAUGACCAUUCAGACUGCUGUCCUCAUUGAGACUCUUGUUAUUCUCGGUGCUGAAGUGACCUGGUCGUCGUGCAACAUUUUCUCUACACAGGACCAUGCAGCUGCAGCCAUUGCUGCCGCAGGCAUUCCCGUCUUUGCCUGGAAGGGUGAGACUGAUGAGGAGUACAACUGGUGCAUUGAGCAACAGCUCAAGGCUUUCAAGAGUGGACAGCCUCUCAACAUGAUUCUCGACGAUGGUGGUGAUCUUACUGGCAUUGUCCACGAAAAGUACGCCGAGCUUCUUCCUGGCAUUCGUGGUGUUUCCGAGGAAACCACUACUGGUGUUCAUGGUCUGUACAAGAUGUUGAAGAACGGAACCCUCAAGAUCCCUGCCAUCAAUGUCAACGACUCUGUUACCAAGUCCAAGUUCGACAACUUGUACGGCUGCCGUGAAUCUCUCAUUGACGGUAUCAAGCGUGCUACUGACGUUAUGAUUGCUGGCAAGGUUUCCGUUGUUGCUGGCUAUGGUGAUGUUGGCAAGGGUUGUGCCUUUGCUCUCAAGGGUAUGGGAUCUCGUGUUAUUGUUACCGAGAUUGAUCCCAUCAAUGCUCUCCAGGCUGCUAUGGAGGGCUUUGAAGUCACCACCAUGGAGGAGGCAGUUCGUGAGGCUAACAUCUUCGUUACCACCACUGGCUGCCGUGACAUCAUCACUGGUGCUCACUUUAGCCAGAUGAAGGAUGAUUCCAUUGUUUGCAACAUUGGUCACUUUGACAUUGAGAUCGAUGUCGCAUGGCUCAAGGCCAACGCUGUCAAGAAGGUCAACAUCAAACCCCAGGUUGAUCGUUUCGAGCUUGCCAACGGCCAUCACAUUAUUCUCCUUGCUGAAGGUCGUCUUGUCAACCUUGGUUGUGCUACUGGCCAUCCCAGCUUUGUCAUGUCCAACUCCUUCACUAACCAGGUUUUGGCUCAAAUUGCCUUGUGGACCGAUACCAAGUCUUAUCCUCUUGGUGUUCACUUGCUUCCCAAGAAGCUUGAUGAAGAGGUUGCUGCUGCCCAUCUUGCCAAGCUCGGUGUCAAGCUGAGCGUCAUGUCCAAGGUUCAGUCUGAAUACCUUUCUCUUCCUGUUGAAGGCCCUUACAAGCCUAGCCACUACAGAUAUUGAGCAAGUUUCAUAGCUCUAACUGUGGCAAACCCUUUGAUCUACUUGGUAGAUGACUAUGUUUUGUUGGCAUUCCAAUUUUAUUAAACCAAAAUUAGGCUUUUGUGGCUACAUUAUCAUUCAA